AUGUCAUCGAGAGGAUCAUUCAGAGGAAGAGGAAGAGGCGGAGGUGGGUCGAAUACACGAUUUACAGGUAAAAAACGAUCUGGUCGCGGAGGAGGAGUAGCGUAUGGUAUCGAUCGACCUGCACCCAAAAGAGAAGAUGACGGGACUGCCGCCGCUGAGAAGUUCGAAGAGGUCAAGAUACAAGAUGAGAUAGAUGAGAAAUUGGGAUUCUGGCGAUUUGAGAGCUCAAGAGCUGAUGGAGAGAAGAAGAUUGGCUGGUUGGUUAAUAUGCAUCAGACAUUGAUACAGAGCUCGACGCAUUCUGGUGGUUUAGCAGCAGUAGAUUUCUAUUUCAUCCAGGAUGACGGAGGAAUGUUCAAAGCUACGAUACCGUAUGAACCAUAUUUCUACGUGACAUGUCGAGCUGGAACAGGGACGAUAGUGGAAGAAUGGCUGCUGAAGCGUUUCGAGGGAAUACUGAUACGUGUGGAAAGGGAGAAGAAAUGGGAUCUUAGUUUGCCAAAUCAUCUGUUGUCAGCACCACCGAUAUUCCUCAAACUGUUCUUUCACAACACAGCAGACCUUCAGUCGAUACGUCGAGAGAUACUGCCAUUAGCAGAAGCUAACUCGGCAAGGUUCACAGCAGUAGAUGCGUACGCCGAUGUAGUCGGCGCGGAGAACGCUAUGAACGGUAAUGGAGAUGAUCAGGAAGGGAAAGCGUGGGGCGCGGAGGAUGAAGGUCGUAAGAGACGUGAUAAGGAACCAGCAGAAUGUAUCAUAGAUAUAAGGGAACAUGAUAUAAAUUAUUAUCUACGAGUGGCCAUUGAUCUUGACGUUCGAGUCGGUUUAUGGUACACUGUGACCUCUCAUACAGGAAUGAUAAGCUUGGAACGUAUAACAUCAUUGGUCAAGCGAGCGGAACCAGUUGUCAUGGCUUAUGAUAUCGAAACGACAAAACAACCCUUGAAAUUUCCAGACCAACAGACAGAUCAAAUCAUGAUGAUUUCGUAUAUGAUAGAUGGUCAAGGGUACCUCAUAACGAAUAGGGAGAUUGUUGCGGAAGAUAUAGAAGAUUUCGAAUAUACACCGAAGGAAGAGUAUCCCGGAGAUUUCACCAUCUUCAACGAACCUGAUGAACCUGCAGUGAUACGGCGUUGGUUCGAGCAUAUCCGAGAUUCCAAACCUACUGUCAUGGUCACUUAUAACGGAGAUAGUUUCGAUUUCCCCUUUGUCGAUGUGCGAGCCAAGAUACAUGGUAUAAGCAUGUAUGAUGAGAUAGGUUUCAGACCAGAUAUCGAAAAUGAGUAUAAAUCUAGAGCAACGAUGCAUAUGGAUUGUUUCAGAUGGGUAAAACGAGAUUCUUACUUACCUCAAGGUAGUCAAGGUCUCAAAGCAGUCACCAAAGCGAAACUGGGAUAUAAUCCUACAGAAUUGGAUCCUGAGCUUAUGACACCAUAUGCGAUUGAGCAGCCUCACAGUCUCGCUCAAUAUUCCGUCUCCGAUGCUGUUGCGACAUAUUACCUGUACAUGAAAUACGUUCACCCCUUCAUCUUCUCGUUGUGUAACAUCAUUCCCUUGAAUCCGGAUGAAGUGUUGAGAAAGGGAAGUGGAACUUUAUGUGAAACUUUGUUGAUGGUUGAAGCCUAUCAGGCACACAUCAUCAUGCCCAAUCGACAUGAAGACCCUCACGGAUCCACAUACGAAGGCCACUUGCUCGCCUCGGAAACUUAUGUCGGUGGUCACGUCGAAGCCUUAGAAGCUGGUGUCUUCCGAAGCGAUAUACCGACACACUUCAAGAUGGAGCCAAGUGCCUGUCAGCAGCUGAUCGAUGAUCUGGACGCGGCUCUACAGUUCUCAUUGGUGGAAGAAGGAAGCCUCAAGCUGGAAGACGUAGACAACUACGAUGAAGUCAAAGGUCAGAUACAGUCGGCUCUGGAGCUGAUGCGAGAUAAUCCAAAUCGAAUGGACAAACCUCUAAUCUAUCACUUGGAUGUCGCUGCGAUGUACCCCAACAUCAUGUUGUCCAAUCGACUACAACCGGAUUCGAUGAAGGACGAAGCUGCAUGUGCAGUUUGCGAUUACAACAGACCGGAUAAGACUUGUGAUAGAAGGUUGGAAUGGGCAUGGAGAGGUGAAUACUUCCCUGCUAAGCGAGAUGAGGUCAAUAUGGUCAGAUACGCUUUAGAACAGGAAAUGUUCCCACCAAAACACCCCAAUGGUCCAAGAAGGCGGUUCAUCGAUCUGCCUCAAGGCGAUCAGUCAGCAUUGAUACAUAAACGUCUAGGUGACUAUUCGCGAAAGGUAUACAAGAAGACUCACGAAACCAAGAUUGUCACCAAGACCUCUAUCAUCUGCCAGCGUGAAAACUCGUUCUAUAUCGACACUGUACGAGCUUUCCGAGAUCGACGAUAUGAAUAUAAGGGUUUGCACAAGACAUGGAAGAAGAACCUCGAUAAAGCAUUCGAGGAGGGUGGUGCUGUCAGUGCAGUCGACGAAGCCAAGAAGAUGAUCGUGCUGUAUGAUUCCCUUCAGUUGGCUCACAAGUGUAUUCUGAAUUCUUUCUACGGUUAUGUGAUGAGAAAAGGAGCUAGAUGGUACUCUAUGGAGAUGGCCGGUAUCACCUGUCUGACCGGAGCUUCUAUCAUUCAGAUGGCUCGUCAGUUAGUGGAACAGAUAGGUCGACCGUUAGAAUUGGACACAGAUGGUAUUUGGUGUAUGCUUCCUGGUGUAUUUCCAGAAGACUUCAAGUUCAAGCUCAAGAAUGGGAAGACUUUCGGUGUCUCUUACCCUUGUACGAUGCUGAACCACCUUGUUCAUGCCAAAUUCACCAAUCAUCAAUAUCACGAACUGGUAGAUAAGGAAACUGGGAAAUACGAAGUCAGGAAAGAGAAUAGUAUUUUCUUCGAAUUGGAUGGUCCCUACAAAGCGAUGAUCUUGCCUUCAUCCAAAGAAGAGGAUAAAUUAUUGAAGAAACGAUAUGCCGUAUUCAACCCUGAUGGAUCACUAGCCGAAUUGAAAGGGUUCGAAGUGAAAAGAAGAGGUGAAUUGCAAUUGAUCAAGAUCUUCCAAUCUCAGAUAUUCGAUAAAUUCUUGCUAGGAUCAACCACCGAAGAAUGUUAUGCUGCUGUAGCUGAAGUGGCAGAUCAAUGGCUUGAUAUCUUACAAUCCAAAGCUUCCUCCUUACACGACGACGAACUGGUCGACCUGAUCGCCGAGAACCGAAGUAUGUCGAAGACGUUAGCGGAAUACGGUACUCAAAAGUCCACCUCAAUCAGCACUGCCCGACGGUUAGCCGAAUUCUUGGGUGAGCAGAUGGUCAAGGAUAAAGGUCUAUCUUGUCGAUUCAUCAUUUCUGCCAAACCCAACGGCGCUCCAGUAACAGAACGGGCUAUUCCUGUAGCCAUCUUCACUGCUGAAGAACCUGUUAAGAGACACUUCUUGAAAAAAUGGUUGAAGGAUAACAGUCUUACGGACUUCGACUUGAGGACUAUCUUAGAUUGGGCUUAUUACACGGAACGAUUAGGUUCGGUUAUCCAAAAGCUUAUCACCAUCCCUGCUGCUUUGCAGAAAGUAGCCAACCCGGUACCGAGAAUCAGACAUCCAGAUUGGUUGUUCAAGCGAGUAGCAGCCAAAGAAGAUAAGUUCCAGCAACAUAAACUCACGGAUAUGUUUGCCAAGAUGAAGACUACCGCUGUGGCCAACGGGGACAUAGAGGAUAUGGGUAAGAACAAGACUGGACCGAAGAUGGCAGUAGUCAGAAAGAAGAAAGUGGUCAGGGAGAAAACACCUGAACCUGCGCCUGAUCCCACGGAAGACUAUUCUGGCUAUAUUAGAGUAAUGAAAGAUCAAUGGCGAAAACAACGGAUUGAACGUGCCCGACUACGAAAACAGGGUACAAGACAGGAUGGUACCGUCUCUUCGAUGUUGCGAACGAAAUCCAUCAAUUUGGCUUCGAGACAGUGGGAUAUCAUUCAGAUUGCUUCUACCAACCGACCGGGUGAAUUUAGAUUAUGGUUAGCAAUAGAUGGGACUUUCCAAUCUGUCCGUCUGAGGAUACCGAGAGAGUUCUAUCUGAACUUCAAGACUUUGCCUGUAGACGGUACCUUUUCAGAUCGAUACGAAGCUACGUCUGUCGCUAGGGUCUUACCCAGAGGUCAAGCUGCGCGUCAUCUUUUCAAGCUUUUGGUAGAUGAAGCUUUAUUUGUCGAAGGUGAAUCGCACUUCUCAAGUAUGAUCAAUAAUCCCAAUGUCGAUGGAGCAUACGAAUUGCAAGUGCCCCUGGUGGUUAGAGCGUUACUUCAGUUCGGUACUAGCUGUACACUCAAGAAGACUUCCUUAGGUGGAUUGAACAGAGGUCUAGAUAGAGGAUUCGACCUCUCAGAACUAGAGAAACCGGGAAUGAGUGUGAUCAGACAUAAAUACCUUGAUGAAGGGAAAGGUAUCAAAUAUCACUUCCUAUAUCACGCUAUUUUCAAUUCUAGACAUCUCAUUGCUCUUUUCUCGCCUGGUUCAGCAGGCAGAGUCUACAUCGUCGACAGCUCCAGAACCCCAGAGAGAUUACCAAAUCCUGCAAGAUGGUAUACCGAUCGAGUGGAUAAAGCAACGAAGGGUAUAUUCGCCUAUCCGGAAACGAUCGAGUUCAUCACCAAUUACUACAAGAAUGAAUUAUCGGCUUUGAGACAAUUAUCGAAAGAUCUUCAAGGUAUAAGACAUGGUCUGAAUGUGAUUACCCUCUGCUCACCGUUCGAACAUUCUUAUUAUCAAGUUGCUUCACCCGUCUUCUCAGAAUUCCCAUUCAUAACAUUCAAGGGAAAUGAUGAGAAGCCCAGUUUGGGUUGGUUAGUGCAGACUUCCAGAAGGAUGAUCAAUCAGUACUUGAAGUUGUCUGGAUGGAUCAAAGAUCAGAUUGAGAUAGCUGCUCAUUAUGAUGUUCCUGUAGGAAACCUUGGCCAGGAUGCUCCUAUCUUCCUUGCCGAUAUCGAAUUCGCCCGACGACUGAAGCAGCAAGAUAUGGUUCUCUGGUGGUCUGCCUCGUCUCGACCCGAUCUUGGUGGUUCCGAGGAAGAUGCCAAUCUGAGUGAAGAGCUUGUCACCCCUCGAAUGUCAACUAAAGGGUGUUAUUCAUCUGUCGUGUUAGAAAUGGAAAUUGCCGAUCUCGCUAUUAAUGCUGUACUUCAAUCUGCUUUGGUCAACGAGAUGGAAGGUUCUGGGGCGGGAUCACUUGCAUUCGAUUCGGCAUCGCACAAUUUGGAUGAAUAUGCGAAAGGGACAGCCAACACUUCCGUCAUGCUUGGGGAUGCGGUAUUAUCGACUCAGACCUUCGGUGUACUCAAGUCAAUGGUCAGAUCGUGGUUUCUUGAUAAAGCCCGAGCACACGUCAAGGGAAUCUACUCGACACCGGCGGAUCUGGUAGUAGACCAGUUCUGGAGGUGGAUCAGUUCAGCAGCAAGUAACAUGUUUGAACCUGCCUUACAGCGGUUCUUACAUGGUUUGAUGCGAAAGACAUUCCUACAACUAUUAGCUGAAUUCAAGCGAUUGGGAACUUCAGUGGUUUACGCUGAUUUCAAUAGGAUAUUCCUGUUGACUACCAAACCUGAUGCUGGAAGUGCCUAUGCGUUUGCCAAGUACCUUGUGACAGCUGCCAACUCCCAAGAACUUUUCAGACAUUUGGUCAUCGACGUCACCCAAUUCUGGAAUUACCUAGCAUGGAUGGAUAUAGCCAAUUUCGGCGGUGUCAAAGUCCCGCCUGAAAUUGCUUCUUCAAGAGAUCCUCCACCUUCCAAAUUCGAGAUCAGCAUGGAUUGGAAUAUCCAAUCUUUCCUACCUGGUAUACUUCAACCUAUAUUUGAACGAAACGUUGCUCAAUUCAUAUAUCAACUUUAUACUGCGAAGAGAACCUCGUACGAUGAAAGGGCACCGUUGAAAGUCAUACAUAAUUUGAACAUAGAUCUACCAGGUGAAAAUACCUCGACUAUCAACCCUGCGAAAGAAAAAGAGAAAUCUGCUGGAUCGAAAUCUAUAACUCAAAUUUUGACCAGAAAGCUAUUGGCGGAUGUGGCGGCUGUGAAGAAACGACAGGCAAUGGCUCAUGUAGACGAAGAAAAAGCGGAAUCGCUACUAUUCCCUUUAUUACCUGGAUCACGAAUAUCCACAUCAGAAGGUGAAAGUCUCAAUCCGACUUUGGAAUUGAUCAAAUCAAUUACAGAAGUUUAUUCGUUAGCGUCUUCAGAGCAUUUGAUCGAAAUUCAAAUUUUGAGGAAAAACUUGUUAGAUCUAGUAGGGGUGAAAGAAUUUUCACAAAAUGCCCAAUUCAAGAACCCCUUCUGUGAUAAUUUACAGAUCAAUUUGAUCAUUUGUAAGAAAUGUAAUUCCCUGAGAGAUAUUGAUCUCUGUAGGGAUCCAGAUAGAUUACCUAGUUUUGAUGCCUCGAUGGGUGAGAUGUUAGAUCCUCCAAGAAAGAAUUGGGUUUGCCAUAAAUGCGAUUCGGAAUAUGAUAAGUUCCAAAUCGAACAACCUCUAAUUGAGAUGAUAUCGAAAAUGAUUACGUCUUAUCAGACACAAGACGUGAUCUGUAUGAAAUGCUCAUCGUCGAAAUCUGAUAAUUUGGCAGCUACAUGCCACUGUGGAGGUUCAUUCAAAUCUUCUUUGAACAAGAAUGAAAUGAAAAACAAAUUGAAGAUGAUCAAAAGUGUCGCACAAUAUCACGAUCUCGCUUUGGUGGGAAGUUACGUCGAAGAAGUAUUAAGUCGAUGGUAG